CCCGCCUCACUUCAGUCUCCCAACCAUCAGCGCACAUCCCAUGGCGUCCACCGCAGGUCCUGUGACGGGCGUGGCAGCAGCCCUCAACCCCGAUGUCCCUCCACCAGGCGCUUUCUCCAACAGCAACCUCCCAGUCAACACACCAAUGCUGCGGCAUCACCUCAGCCCUGACGAGAAGGAGGCCAUUGACGUCAACAGGCGGCGGGAAUACGAGGCCGAGAGGAAGAAGCGCAUCUUUGAUCCCAAGAUACGGACCAUUGGCAUCGACAAAGAGGCGCUGGACCGCCAAGUUGCAGAGAAACAGGUCAGACGGCAUUGCAUAUGGGGCCGCAUUGUGGAUGCGUUUUGGUCUAUGUCCAGGCCCGGAAGGAGAAGGAGAGAGACGAGGAGCGGCUGUAUGCCCAGCAGACACUCUACUACGAUGCCGUGCUCAAGAGACAGGUGAGGUCGCAGGGGGCACUUUGCAAUGGCCUGGAGCUCUGUGCAGGGCAUGACGGCGUUGUGUGUCGUCAGGAGAUCGAGAAGCGUCGCCUGAAGCGUCAGGUAGAGGAGGAGGGCAAGACAUUCUCACUCACUCAGCUGCGACGGGAGCAAAGGAGGGGUGAGACCGAACAGUGACAGAACACAAGCACCCCGAUGGACACACUGGUGUGUGUGUGUGUGUGCGUGUAUGUGUGCAGAGUAUGACCUGGACGACAAGGACCGCGUCAAGAAAUACCAUGAGCCGCCAGAGGAGAAAUAUGGCGCCUCAUCUGUCCAGGCAACCACACACACACAUCCAUUGCCAUGCCCAACAAUCGCUGCUUCUUGUGUGGAUGGGUGUGGCUCUCCUUGUCGUGUGUCAUUGCAGGUCUUGGCGGGUGAGGACCGUGCGGCGGCCGAGCGCAAGAAGCUUCAGCAGAAGCAGGUGCGCGACUGGGUCGCCCAGCAGAAGUUCGAAAAGGAGAUCAUCAAGAAGGCCGAGCAAGACGAAGACAAGGAAUGGGGUAGCCGGAUGACGGGGCCAUCGUACAUGCGUGUCUGCCCUCGUCUGUCUGUCUGUCUGUCUGUGCGUCUGUGAUGCAGGUGUGCAGGCCAUCAAGACGGCAGAGCUGAUGUAUGCCGUUGAGGACCAGCAGAAAGCCGCCCGUCGUCAGCUGCAGUGCGAGACGUCUGAAGCCAACAAGCAGACGGCGCUCUGCAGACUCGAGGAGACACUCAAAGGACGGCUCACGAGACAGGUUCAAACACCCAUAUGCCGUAUGAACACAAGAGCACACAUGACAUCACAUGGCUGGUUGGUUCAGGAUGACGACAACAAGGAGUUGAUCAACCAGUACACCGACCCGUAUCUCGCCGACGGCCGCCUCGACCUCACGGGGCACGUCAACGUCAACGACGGGCCAGGCGACACCAACCCUGCAGGCCUCGAGCCGGGAGACGCGGCCGUCAUCGGCACUCUCAGGGACGGCUUCAAGGGCACCACACGCAAACAGAGACAGGUAGGUAUUACCCUUAUGUGUGUCUGUGGGAUGGAUGGAUGGACGGGUGGAUUGAUGUGUGCAGUCGUGUUUGGAGGAGAAUUUGCGUAUGUGGCGCGAGAAGGAGGAGCAGAAGCAGCGUGAGAUGGACGAGGAGCUGCAGUGGGCCCGGCAGCACGAGGCCAACAGGAAACUCCAGGUCGCUGUCGAGAGGGAGAAACAGCGACUCGCUCAGAGGGUGGGUGACACACGAAGACAAGGCACCGGCUUCGCGGUAGCAAAGCCUAUUCUUUGAAUUGCGUGGUGUCAGGUUCGUUAUGACGUGCGUCACACGAACGCUGGUUUGGGCAAGCAGCAGCAGGACACCCAGACCUACCUCAAGAAGGAGCUCUACACCAACCCGCCCUCGGAGGAUUACUUCAACUACUUCGGCACUACCACCAGAUGAAUGGACAAACUGCUGUACCAUGCAGAACUAGCGCGAGCAUGGGACAAUGGAUGGCAUGGAUGGCCAUCUAUGCUGGACCCUCUCUGUCACAUGAACCCAACAAACUACCCACCAGGCCAUGUCUCACACACAUGCAGCCAGCAUACCGACUUUCGAACAUAGAAAUGUCUCUUGUGCCAA